UUGGCGUUUCUGUUUUUUUCCCGCCAUGUCUCCCACACUACGGUCCGAGACGAAGGAUGGCGAAAAGCCUGGAGCAAGCGUGGAUCCCGGAGCAGGCACGGCGGAUGCGCAGGCCGAAUUGCUACUGAAGGUGGCAGCUAUGUGUGAUGCGGUUACACAGCGUCUCGCCGUGCAGCAGUCAGGUGAGCCGGAGCUGCGUCCCCAGCUGACGGUGCCGGUGUACACUGGCUACAACGACGUCAAGUCAGUCGCCGACUUUCUGGGUGAGCUCGACGUCUACAAAGCCGCCUCAGGCGCCUCGGAAUCCCUCGUGAUAAGCAGAAUACUCCCACUCGCUCUAAAGUCUAGUGCUGCGUGCUGGUUAAGGCUGCAACCUACGUUCACCAGCCUAGCGGAGUUCGAGCGGCAAUUCCGAGCAGAGUUCCUGCCACCUGGUUACGAGUUACAAAUCUUGAAAGAACUCGAGUCCCGAACGCAACAUCCGAACGAAAGCCUGGUUCAGUAUGUUCACUGGCCGUAA